AUGGAGCGAGUGGGGCGGCGCGGCCGGACGGAGGGGUGCCCCGCCUGGGGGAUAUUGCUUCCCAUUUUCCUCCUCCUCCUGGCAGAAGAUUGUUUGGCUCUGUGUGAUAAUGACUGCAAAGCGUACUGCUGUGAUGGGACUACUCCCUACUGCUGUUCAUAUUAUGCCUACAUUGGGAAUGUCUUUUCAGGUACAGCGAUAGCUGGAAUUGUUUUUGGCAUAGUAUUUAUAAUGGGAGUGAUUGCUGGGAUUGCCAUCUGUAUCUGCAUGUGCAUGAAGAGCAACCGUGGGACUCGAGUAGGGGUCAUCCGAACAACGCACAUCAACACCAUCAACACGUACCCAGUGGCUCCACCACCAUACAGUUAUGAAUAUGGAAUGGAGUACCCAGCUGACCUACCUCCACCUUAUACUCCAACCCCACAGACUGUAAUGCAGUAUCCUCCACCCCCUCCAUAUCCUGGAUAUUCAGGGAAAUAA